AAUUCUGCUAAUUUGUGGCAUUCAAUUUCUCACCUGCCACUGGUAAAUUUGAAUUAACUUGAAAGUAGAAAAAAAAAGAAAUCAACUUUUCUGAAUGGAAACAUUGAGAGGAAUCAUACCAACAAUAUCUACAGAAACUGUUGAAUUUAUUAAAACCGUGCCACAAAAAUGGAAAUGUGAUAAAUGUGGUGUUAUAAUAGGAACAUUAUGGCGUUCCAGCCCGGUGGUAACCACCAAUGGUAAUCAUCAUCAUCGAUUAACCAACGGUGUCAUCAAUGGUGGCGGCAAUAAUGGUUUACCACCACCAUCAUCAUCAUUACAUUGUGUUCAUCGUUUUUGUGGCCAAUGUUUGGACACUGUAUUCAUUGGUGUUCAAACAGUUGGAAAAUGUCCAUUAGAUUCAAUGACAAUCUAUAAGAAACAGAUGAUUGAAAGUGUCACAAAUAUUGACAGUAUUCUCACACAAGAAGUAUAUUGUACACAUAAAGCAAGAGGAUGUCGAAAAACAUUACUUUUAUCGGAAUUAGAGAACCAUCUUAAAUCCUGUCUUUAUGGUCUUGUACAUUGUCCAUUGAAAUGUGGCCAAGGUGUAACGAUAAAAUCUCUCCCUAUUCAUAUGGCAACCGAAUGUCCAAGACGUGCCGUAUCAUGUAUUUAUUGUGAAGAAGAUAUUGUGCUGGAAUCAAAAAAUGAACAUGAAAAUCAAUGUCCUAAAAAACCAGUAAUUUGUAAUUAUUGUAAAAAUAAAUCAUUAUUACGUGCUGAUUUGAAAGAUCAUCUGGAAAAAUGUGAAUUGAAACCACGUAAUUGUCGCCUGAUUCCAUUAGGAUGUAAAUUUUCGGGAACACAAACCGAAGUUGAACGUCAUGAAAAAGAUUGGACAGCGCAUAUGGACAUUUUUGUUAAACAUAUACUUCAAACCGGUACAAUAACGCAGGAUAAACCGCCAAGAAAUCGUUUAGCGGAUGUUGUAAAUAUUGUUAAAAAUCUUAAUGCUGAAAAUGCCGAAUUAAUGGAUCGUGUUAAUGAACUUUCGUUGAAAGUGGAACAUUUAGAAGAAACAAAUCGGCGAUUAAAUGAUCGAUUGAUAAAAUUUGAAACUAUACAAAAAGCAGAUAUGGCUUCUAUUCGAACUGUGAUUGAAUUGAUGAGAAAAGAACUUGAGAAUUUCAAAAUUGAUUUCACCAGAACACGUGACGACGAUGAAGAAUCAGAAGUUUGAUAUAUUUUACGGCUUGAAAAUAAUCAAUCAAUUUAUAUAUUGACCAUUUGGGCAUCUCUAGUCAUUUGAAUUAUACAUGACGCCCUUUUUCAAAAUUUUUUUUAUUAAUUUUCCUGAUUUUUUUACACAUUGAAAAAAGUCAAAAAAAU